AUGAACACGGUGUCAAAAGCUGCCUAUCUCGCCGUUCGACCCCGGGAAGGGAGAUGGAUUCUCCAGUGGAAGCCCUUGCACACGCCCGUCCACCGCCGCAGCACCGGAAACGAAACGCCAACACAGGCAAACUGCUUCCGGCUUCUCGAGGCCACAAGCCGAAGCUUCACUCUAGUGAUCAAGGAGCUGCACCCAGAACUGCUCUUCCCGGUAUGCAUCUUCUACCUGGUCCUGCGGGGACUAGACACGAUCGAGGACGACACAUCAAUACCGGUAAAGACCAAGGAGUCGCUGCUGCGCAAGUUCGAAAACUACAUUGAAGAGGAUGGCUGGAUGUACUCCGGCAUCCACGAGCGAGAAAAAGACCGCGACUUGCUUCUUCAAUUCGACUCUGUCGUUGCCGAGUUCAGACGCAUGAAGCCCGCCUACCAGACCAUUGUCAAAGAGAUCACGCGGAAAAUGGGCAACGGGAUGGCGGACUUUGCGUGCAAGGUGAAUGAUCUGCGGACUGUUGCGGACUACGACCUCUACUGUUACUAUGUGGCCGGGCUGGUGGGCGAAGGACUGACCCGGCUUUUUGUCAUAUCUGCGCUGGGCAGUCCGGGGCUGUUACGCGACGCAAACCUUCACAGAUCAAUGGCACUUUUCUUGCAAAAGACGAAUAUCAUCCGCGACGUCCACGAGGAUCACGUUGACGGCCGGUACUUCUGGCCGCGGGAGAUCUGGUCCAAGCAUGUCAACAGUUUCGACGAUCUGUUCAAGCUCGAAUACCGCCAACAAGCGCUCGAGUGUAGCGAAGAAAUGAUCCUUAAUGCGCUGAGCCACGUUGAGGACUGCCUGGUCUACCUCAGCUGCCUGAACGAGCAGAGCGUCUUUAAUUUCUGCGCCAUCCCGCAGACGAUGGCCAUUGCCACGCUCGAGCUGUGUUUUCAGAACCCUGCGAUGUUCGAGGGAAAUGUGAAGAUCUCAAAGGGGGAGACUUGCCGGCUCAUGUUGCAGUCGACGGGCGAUCUUCGCGAGGUCAGCGCCGUGUUCAGGGUCUACGUUGGCCGAAUCCAGAACAAGUGCUCGCCGGCCGAUAGGCACUUUUUUGAAAUUAGGACCGCGUGCGACAAGAUUAUCAGAUUCAUCGAGACCACGUUCAACUCCUCUGACACAAAAGCUGUCUCGGCUCCAGGAAAAGCCAAGCUCGAGCCGACUAACGACCGCCCGAGCUUCAACUCGGCGGGGUGGGCCGUUUCCAAUGUCAUUGCUAUCGUCCUGUACUUGUUUCUGUUUAUUGUUGAUGCUUGA